AGGUCUCGAGUGCGACAUGGCGUUCCAGGCUUCACGAGCGCUCUUUGAACAACGCAAGCGCCCUUGCGCCCUCAGCUGCAUCGCAGUGAGCCAUGACGGGAGAUUCUUUGCGUACUGCCCGCAGACAAGCAAGGUCCUCGUCUCAGAGUACAAGGACGGGGAAUUCAGGCUGGUGAAGGAGCUCGCGCAGCACGACCAGCUCGUCACUUCGAUAGAGUUUGCGCCGUCGUCAUACAACCUGCUGACGUGCUCGCAAGACAGGAACGCGUACGUGUGGGACUUUGGCAAGGACAACGAGUGGAACCCGACUCUGGUGCACCUCAGAAUACACAGAGCCGCCACUUACUGCAAGUGGUCGUGGGAUGGCAAGAAGUUUGCAGUCUGCAGCGGGCAAAAGUGCAUCUCCGUGUGCUACUAUGAGGAGGAAAACAACUGGUGGGUGAGCAAGCUGAUUGAAGACUUCGACUCUACGGUGAGCUGCGUGUGCUGGCACAAGUCCAACACGUACCUGGCGGCUGGGUCCAUGGAUGGUGCCGUCCGCCUCUUCACGGCAGCAGUGAAGGGGGUGGACGACAAACCGACGCAGCUGUUCGGGCCAGACGUGAGCUUCAAGAAGAUCGGGCAGAUGAUCUGCAAGAUCGAGACGAACUCGUGGGUCCACGACAUUUGCUUCUCCCCUACUUUUGAUUCCAUCGCCUUCGUUACCCAUGAUUCCUCCAUUAGCUUCCUUCCCAUCCAGGAGGGUGUCAUACCGCAGCAGGAGCAACUUGAGCGUAUCAGGUGCUCGGGCCUCCCGCACCUGCGCAUGAUGUUCCUCUCCCACAAUCGAGUGCUGGCGGCCGGGCAUGAUUGCAACCCGACUGUGUACGCGAAGGAGGGGAAGGGAUGGAAAACCAAAAAUGUACAGUCAAAGAUUUCCCCUGUAUCUCCUCCUUCUGCUAUGAAGAAACGCAAUCAGCUUCGAAACCUGUUGCUGCAGAAAUCUGUUGAAGAUAGUCUGCAUUACAAGCAGAUCAAGGCAAAGGUAGAAGAGUCAAAAGUGGCGGAGGGCUUCAUCGAGGACGCCAAGUUUGCAGUGCAAGAUGUAGACCCUGAGGUUUGUCACUUUGCCAUGACCACAUUGUGA